AUGCUGUUUGACCAACUGGUCGCGGCUGCCCCAAUAACCGGUCUACAGGACGACUUACGCAAGAAAUGGAUAGACGAAUCUGCCAUCAAGUCAGAAACGGGCAGGUCACCAGGAAUGGAGAAUGACUGGAUAUUCACCUGCAAAAUUGAACCCGAGGAAGAGGAAAGUGUGGUGGCUGUUACUGAUGAAUGCGAGGACAAGAAAGAUUAUCUUUCAGUUGAAGAUCCUGAAGACGUAUUUGGUACGAGUACGAAUGAGUGCGUAGGAUGUCGCAAGAGUUUGGACUUGGUCAAGUUCAUCCAUUCCCAGCGACCCGAAGAAGUAUUUCUGUUAUUGAAAUGUGUCGACAUUUUCCUGGCAAAUUCAAAUGACGAUUCGGAAUGUGCAAGAUGUGCAGAAGUGUUGAUGCUGACCAAGAAGAUCGUAGAGCAGCGUGCGUACGAUGUAGAACUGUCCAAAUGUGCGAAUGAUGUGGAAACAUUCAUCGAAUGCUGUCAAUCCAAUCUGCUGAAAACUGAACUUCAAGAGAAUCCAUUUUCGGACGAUGAUGAACCAUCAGUUGCUGAAUUUAAUUGUUUGACAUAUGAGGAUGCGGAUUUGCAGGAACCGAUUGACUCUCCAGCAACAAUUAGUGCUUUGGCUGAUCCACUGGAACUGGAUACAGUGAAUCCAUCGCAUACCAGGAAAAGAAAAGUUGAUCAUAUCAGAGUGAAAUCCCAGGAUGAGAUGGGCCCCUUCCCAAAAUAUUGUCAGAUAGCAGUGAAACAACCGCAGAUUGAAGCAGGAGGACAAUUAUUGCUAGCGGGAGGCGCAGGUCCAUUUUCAGCCUGGACAGUAGUGGGAACACUUGGAACAAACCAUACUGUGGCCCUUACUGCCGCGAGAUUAUGUCCAACAUCAGGAACGUCUGAUCUUCGGGGUCCUUGUUCAUUUAUAGCAAACCAGACAGAUGAUCGUACCUUUGAUGCUGCGAAAUUAUAUCCAUCCUCAGAAUCUUCUGAAGGUUGCCGUGAAGAUUCAUCUUCGUGCGAAGUGGCCGGUGCUCCGGAGUCUGCUGAUCCUACUGGCAAGCCCAUGAAUUAUCUGCCAGUAAUCGAGGUGCCAGGGAGGACGAAAAGUUCAACGCUCUAUCACUGCGUCAUGGACUCCGACGUGAAGAACUGUUCGACAGUCAUUGUUGAGAUGGAAACUUUUGAAGGAGGUUGUAUGUCUGACCAGCAGGAUGGAUUGGAUACCAAGGAAUUUUUCGCAGUGGAUGACAAGCAUGAGCAACAUCUGAGAACUUGCAGAGGUCCGGAUGACCUAUUUUCUCUCAACUUUGCGGCAUCGAUAGGUGUUGGAGAAGAUGUUGUUGUUGGAUCGCGAAGGAACGAAGAACCCGAAUCCUCUUGUGAAGAAGGAUGUUUUGCCUCAGGGAACAAUGAUGACACAUUUCCUGGACCACAUUUGACAACUGCGGAACUUGUGACGCAAUAUUUGCCGGAGAAGAUGCUACGAAUCAUUGAUGAAAGUGACGUUGAAAUGCCUUCUACGUCAUCUGCAGGCAGCCUGACUUCUCUACUUGCUCCCGCUACAAAGGAGAUGAGACUGAUAAAUUGCUUAUCUCUCAUGGAAAAGACUUGCGUUGAAAUGCUCAAGUUGAUGAAUGACGUGACGAAAAACGAAGCAGCCAUUUCAUCAAGAGAAGCUGCCGUUUUAUUAAGAGAAGAAGCACUUGCACGCAAGGAAGAAAGGAGUUAUGCUGAAUCGUUGAAGAGAAUCAUACGCGAAGAGUUGACAAGGUUCUUUGAUGGUCCGUCGGUACCCAAACGAUUGAAAGAGGAGAAACUUACUCCUUCGCAAUUGGGAUUCCAGAUACCUAUCAAAACAAGAGCCGAACUCCUUGAUUUCGAUACUUUGCUGUUUGAUGAUGACAAGCGAGAGAAACUGGUAUUCUACAUGCAUCAUCUGAAGGAGGCAAGGAGCCCAAGAAGUAAAGCCAUGCAUUUUCUGUUGAUGAAAUGCUUUCACAAGAGGAUCAUGUUGCAAGUCUACUGCUGCAAUGACAAGAGUGCAAAAUCAAUAGAUGAUGAUGAUGAUGAAGAGGAACCAUGUAGUGAUGGUCCUGUGAGAAAUGUUGCAGAACGUGAUGCCCAGCAGUUUAAAGAAAGCCAGGAUGAUCCAGAUGUUUUGGACCGUGACCAUCGACCUCUGAAUCUUCAGCAUCGCGUGAUGAAGGAGGACUUGAGGAUUCCAUUGAACAAGCUACAAGGACUCAUGUCCUUCUUCUACACAUUUUUCAAGAUGAAUCCACCUCCCGAAUCACCACCAAACUCGAGAAGGAGGAGGAGGCAUAAGCCAUCACGGCAUGAAGUGUUGGACGAAGAAGAAGAAUCCUUCGUGUUGGGGAACAGAAAUCCACCGAAGUCAUUAAGACCUGUGUGGUAUUUUCUAAUCGGGGAUUUUCAAAAGUGCAUUGUGAUGAUUCAAAUUAAGAACCUGUGUUUCGCCGCGUGUUUUGCCUGCCUAGUCUAUGAUGCAGGUAUGGAGAACUGUGUGCUGCCGGUCAUUGUUAAGAUAGAAUCUGCAGAAGGAGGAUGUGUGCAAGAUGGAUUGGACAUCAAAGACUUUUUUUCCGUGGAUGUCAAACACGAGCAACAUCUUCAAACUUGCAGAGGAGGUAUGGAAGAACUGAAAGAAGAAUUCCCUUUCAAAACUUUGGAUGAGAAGAAAGCAGCAAUGCAUGACAAUCCUGAAACGCAUUCUUCAAGUGUUUCCUGCCUUGAAGUUGAAACACUGCGAAGAGAGGUUUACAUUACAAGUGACAAAACUGCUGCAAUUGACUCAAGUAUGGAACAAAAUUUGGAAGAACCAGAUGAAUCCCCAGUACAAGCGCCUAGCGAAGAAAUCUCUCAAAGUUCUUCCGCAAUACAUGAGUUGCCGUCAGCAGAAGUUGAUGAAAGCAUUAAGGAUGGAGGUGCAGCAGUGGUGCAGAGGCGUUCCCAGCGAAUCAGACAAUCGAAAGGACAGAAAAGGCGCAGAUUCAGUGAAAGCACAACAAGUGAAUCUGAUGAUGGAUAUGACAAAGAAGAAAGUCCUCCUGCUGCUUCCAAACGUGGGAAACAAAAUGAAGUCCAUGCCAACAGUGCUGUCAUAUCUUGA